AUGUCAAAUAAGGAGGUGAAGGCAGCAUUAAAGAGUGCUAGGGAUGCAAUACGAAAUAAAGAAUAUAAGGAAGCCUUGAAACACUGCAAGGCGGUCUUGAAGCAAGAAAAAAAUAACUACAAUGCUUGGGUAUUUAUUGGCCUGGCAGCUGCUGAGUUAGAGCAGCCUGAUCAGGCCAAAGGAGCGUAUAAGAAGGCUAUUGAACUUGAACCAAACCAGUUACUGGCGUGGCAGGGAUUAGCAAAUUUAUAUGAGAAAUCCAACCAAAUAGAUGUCAAAGGAGACUUAGCAGAUGUGUACCAAAAGCUCUUGGAACUCUAUGAAAGUGGUGACAAGCAGAAAUGGUGUGAUGUAUGUAACAAGCUUGUGGAACUAUAUCAUCAAGAAAAGAAAUAUUUAGAGGUGGCUGAAACAUGGCAGAAACUAAUACAAAGGAAACAAGAGGAAGGUGCAGAAAAGGCAGAGCUGCAUCAACUUUGGAAGAAGAUGAUCCAGUUACUGAAAGACAGUACACAAAACCAGGAUAAUAAGACUGAGCAGUCGCUUUUGACUGCGUUUGAACAUGCCGUGAACUCUGCUGACACUGUUCCUGGUGAAGACCACCAAAAUCUUUACAAGGACUUUAUUCAGUGCUUGUCAAAAUUUCCUCAUGAAACAGCUAGGUUGGAGAAGGCCUGUAAUGAUAUGAUGGCUUUGUAUCCUACUGAGAGUUAUCCUUUAGAAGUACUUUGCUUGCACUUUAUUCAAUUAGGUACUUUGUCGGAAGAGGCUCUGCACUGUUUUUCUAGGCUUUUGGAGAUGGAUGCAAGUAGUGGUCCAGGCAUCAUUGGAUUUGGUAUAAAAUGCCUCCAAGAAAAGAAAUACAAGGAGGCUGUUAAGAGUCUUACUGAAGGUUUGCAGAAGACUAGCCAAUGUCCAGCAGCAUGGCGUUAUUUGGCAGAGGCACAGAUGAAUAUUCACAAACACAGGGACGCUGUCCUGUCCUGCAAUCAAG